CUCUUGCCCGGCGAGGCUCGGAGACCGCUGGGACUUGUAGUCCCGCGUGACGGAGUCAUGGAGCCGGUGACCGCCGGUGGCUCUUUCCUGGGCGAGAUCGCGUUUUGGGCGGAGAGGACCCCGGUUCACGAAGCUGCCCGAGGCGGGGAAGUCUGCCAGCUCCAAGAACUGAUCAAGAACGGCGCCUGCGUCAACCUGGUCACCUACGACUCCAUCACUCCCCUACAUGAAGCCAGCUUGCGUGGGCAGACGCGGUGUGUGGAGAUCCUGCUGGCCGCAGGAGCCCAGGUAGACGCCAGAAACAUCGAUGGGAGCACCCCGCUCUGUGACGCUUGUGCCUCGGGGAGCAUCGAGUGCGUAAAGGUCCUCCUCUCGCACGGGGCCAAGGUCAACCCGCUGUUGUACAUCGCGUCGCCCCUCCACGAAGCCUGCUUAAACGGCAGCAUCGAGUGCGUCCGUCUCCUGAUCGAGGUCGGCGCGAACCUAGAAGCCCACGACUGCCAUUUUGGAACGCCGUUGCAUGUGGCGUGUGCGCGAGAACACCUGGAUUGCGCGAAGCUAUUGCUCAACGCAGGAGCCAACGUGAACGCAGCCAAACUUCACGAGACGGCCCUCCAUCACGCUGCCAAAGUGCGAAACGCCGACCUGGCGGAGAUGUUGAUCGAAUUCGGAGGAAACGUUUACGCCCGGGACAACCGAGGCAAAAAACCCUCCGAUUACAGCCAAAGGAACAGCUCAACGGCAAAAUGCUUUGCCUAUUAUGAACGAAAUCCACUGCGGCUAUCUCAGCUUUGUCGUCUCAGCCUUCGUCAUGCUCUCGGCCAAAAAGCUCUGGAGAAGAUCCCCCAUCUCCACAUCCCGACGAAAUUCGUCGAAUUCCUCUCUUACCGUCAGUGAGCGGCCCGCGGCCCCAGUCCUAAGACUUUUCAGGUGUGUCCCCCCCCCCAAAUCAUCACUCUGCAAUGUUCAGCUUUUCUCAAGCGACCCUCGUUCGAAAUACGUGUGACUUCUCUCCUCGAAGGGAUGUAAAUAGAAUUUUUAAGACUGCGGCUGGGAGAGAGUUACCUGGUGGUCUCCUUUCCGGCUUGGCUGCCGUUAAGAAAGCGUUGGCGAAAUGCUUAAGUGUCGCCUGGUAUUGGUGUGGUUGUUCCCCUCCCUGUUGGAGAAGUGGAACCACAGCUUGACACCAAACCCGAUGGAACCUCGGUUAGUCCCGUUUCGUGGCUUGGUCUACAGGUAGUCCUCGACUUACGGCCAGAAUGGAGCCCCAGAUUUCUCUUGUUAAGUGAAUUUUGUCCCAUUUUACGAUCUUUCUUCCCAGAGUUGUUACGUGAAUCACUGCGGUUGUUAUAUGAGUAGCACCGUUGUUAAAUGAAUCUGGCUUUCCCCAUUUGACUUUGCUUGUCAGAAGGUCACACAAGGGGAUCACAUGACCCCGGGACACUGCAACGGUCAUAAAGACGAAUCAGCGUCCAAAUUUUGAUCACACGACUGUGAAGAAUGCUACAACGGUCGUAAGUGUGAAAAAUGCACAUAAGUCACUUUUUCAGUGCCAUUGUAACUCAAAAUGGGCACUAAACAAGUAACUGUAAGUCGCGGACUACCAGUUUUAACAUCUGGAAAUUGUAAUUCACACAUUUUAAAACCUGCUGGCUGAGGAAUUCUGGGAGUUGAAAUCCGUCCCAUCUUAAAGCAGGCUGCCUAUGGAAUUCUGGGAAUUGAAGUCCACCCAUCUUAAAGCAGGCUGCCUAUGGAAUUCUGGGAAUUGAAAUCCACCCUUCUUAAAGCAGGCUGGCUGGGGAAUUCUGAGAUUUGAAGUCCACCCAUCUUAAAGCAUGCUGGCUGGGGAAUUCUGGGAUUUGAAGUCCACCCAUCUUAAAGCAGGCUGCCUAUGGAAUUCUGGGAGUUGAAAUCCGUCCAUCUUAAAGCAGGCUGCCUAUGGAAUUCUGGGAAUUGAAGUCCACCCAUCUUAAAGCAGGCUGCCUAUGGAAUUCUGGGAGUUGAAAUCCGUCCAUCUUAAAGCAGGCUGCCUAUGGAAUUCUGGGAAUUGAAAUCCACCUAUCUUAAAGCAUGCUGGCUGGGGAAUUCUGGGAUUUGAAGUCCACCCAUCUUAAAGCAGGCUGCCUAUGGAAUUCUGGGAGCUGAAGUCCGUCCAUCUUAAAACAAGCUGCCUAUGGAAUUCUGGGAAUUGAAGUCCACCCAUCUUAAAGCAUGCUGGCUGGGGAAUUCUGGGAAUUGAAAUCCACCUAUCUUAAAGCAUGCUGGCUGGGGAAUUCUGGGAAUUGAAAUCCACCUAUCUUAAAGCCUGCUGGCUGGGGAAUUCUGGGAAUUGAAGUCCACCCAUCUUAAAGCAUGCUGGCUGGGGAAUUCUGGGAAUUGAAGUCCACCCAUCUUAAAGCAGGCUGGCUGGGGAAUUCUGGGAAUUGAAAUCCACCUAUCUUAAAGCUUGCUGGCUGGGGAAUUCUGGGAAUUGAAAUCCACCUAUCUUAAAACAAGCUGCCUAUGGAAUUCUGGGAAUUGAAAUCCACCUAUCUUAAAGCAUGCUGGCUGGGGAAUUCUGGGAAUUGAAAUCCACCUAUCUUAAAGCAUGCUGGCUGGGGAAUUCUGGGAAUUGAAGUCCACCCAUCUUAAAGCAUGCUGGCUGGGGAAUUCUGGGAAUUGAAGUCCACCCAUCUUAAAGCAGGCUGGCUGGGGAAUUCUGGGAAUUGAAAUCCACCUAUCUUAAAGCUUGCUGGCUGGGGAAUUCUGGGAAUUGAAGUCCACCUAUCUUAAAGCAUGCUGGCUGGGGAAUUCUGGGAAUUGAAGUCCACCUAUCUUAAAGCAUGCUGGCUGGGGAAUUCUGGGAAUUGAAAUCCACCUAUCUUAAAGCUUGCUGGCUGGGGAAUUCUGGGAAUUGAAGUCCACCCAUCUUAAAGCAUGCUGGCUGGGGAAUUCUGGGAAUUGAAGUCCACCUAUCUUAAAGCAUGCUGGCUGGGGAAUUCUGGGAAUUGAAAUCCACCUAUCUUAAAGCAUGCUGGCUGGGGAAUUCUGGGAAUUGAAGUCCACCCAUCUUAAAGCAUGCUGGCUGGGGAAUUCUGGGAUUUGAAGUCCACCCAUCUUAAAGCAGGCUGCCUAUGGAAUUCUGGGAAUUGAAGUCCACCCAUCUUAAAGCAGGCUGCCUAUGGAAUUCUGAGAGUUGAAGUCCACAUGCUUACAAGCUGCCAAGAUUGAGAGUCAUUGGUCCAGAGUCUUCUGGUGUGUAUUUAUGGGUGUUAUGUGUAUGAAGCCAUAAUAAACUUAAUAAAUAUAGUUUUAGCUGUGAAUGAGGCUGUUCUAUUCCAUGUGUUUCUUCUUAAAUCUAUAUUUUACUUAAAACAUGAUGAAUAUUAGCAUGGACAGAUGGGGUAAACUAUACAGGUAGUUCUCUCAACUUACGACCACAACGGAGCCCAAAAUUUCUGCUGCUGAGUGAUACGGUUGUUAACUGAGUUUUACGACCUUCCUUGCCGCAGUUAUUAAGCAAAUCCCUGCACUGGUUA